AGCGACCCGAGCCAAACGAGGUCUGUUAGGCUUAGCGAAGUGUCGUCUGCAACGUCGUUCGCAACAAACGCCGAACAAAAUCGCUUAUAAAUCGCCGAAAUUUUUGAAUUAAAGAAAUGUUCGGUAAUGGAGAAUAGCGUAAAUAUAAAAGAAAAUAUAUAAUUAAUGUAAAAAUAACGCAGGUGAAGAUGUGAAAGCACAUCUACAGUUAUUCUUGGCCAGAUCAUGACCAAAGCUUACGAGUUUAACUGGAGGCGGCCCGUGCCAAAAUUAUUACUGAAAGGAUGCAUAUUCGACCGUUGGGAGGAGGAAAAGGAGCAAGUGGUUUACGAGCCUAACGCCUUGUUUAAAGUGGACGAAUAUGGAUUUUUUAUUUAUUGGAAGAGCGAAGGGAGGGAUGGUCAAGUUUUAGAACUGAGUCAAGUAAACGAUAUCAGAGCGGGUGGCAUACCAAAAGACUCUAAAUUAUUAACAGAGCUUCAGGUGAAAGUCAAGCAGAAUUUAGAAGAUGUGUCAUUAACAAUAUGUAGUGGAACAGACAUGGUAAACAUAAAUUAUACUCACGUUGUGUGUCCAGAUGUGGAAACAGCGGCCAUUUGGCAAGCGGGUCUUCGUAGCAUUACCAACAACAUCAAAGCCAAUAAUGUUUGUCCAAUGACUUGCCUUAAAAAACACUGGAUGAAGUUGGGAUAUCUAGUGGACCCAGACGGUAAGAUACCUGUCAGACGGAUUGCACAGACAUUUGCCUCAGGUAAAACAGAGAAGAUUGUCUAUCAGUAUAUUGGUGAAGUUGGCCUACCAAAUGGAAAGAAUGAUGUAAUAGAACAGGAGGCUUUUACCCUGGAAAAGUUUCAUCAAUUAUACCAUAAGAUUUGUCCUCGGAGUGAUAUAGAAGAGUUAUUUAAUUUAAUUACUCAAAAUAGAUCAGACACUAUCAAUACAAAACAACUUAUUAGCUUUUUAAAUGAGAAACAACGUGAUCCACGUCUGAAUGAAAUUCUUUAUCCAUUCUAUGACGAAAAACGUGCAAGGGAGAUAAUUAACACUUAUGAACAAAAUCCUGAAUUAGCAAAAGAAGGAAAGUUAGACCAAGAAGGACUAAUCAGAUAUCUCAUGUCUGAUGAGAAUGCUCCAGUUUUUCUCGAUCGUCUUGACAUCUACAUGGAUAUGGACCAACCUUUGGCCCAUUAUUAUAUUAACUCUUCCCACAACACCUAUCUUACUGGCCGACAGUUUGGUGGAAGAUCUUCUGUGGAGAUGUACAGACAAGUCCUUCUGGCAGGUUGCAGGUGUGUAGAACUGGAUUGUUGGGAUGGCAAAGGAGAGGACGAAGAACCCAUAAUCACACAUGGCAAAGCAAUGUGCACAGAUAUUGUAUUUAAAGAUGUAAUAAAUGCUAUUAGGGACUGUGCUUUUGUGACAUCAGAAUAUCCAAUUAUAUUAUCUUUUGAAAAUCAUUGCAGUAAAAAACAACAAUAUAAGAUGGCCAAAUAUUGUGAUGACAUUUUAGGAGAAAUGUUACUUCGAGAACCCAUUUCAGGUUAUCCAUUAGAAAUGGGAGCACCUCUUCCAAGUCCCAGUGAUCUUAAACGCAAGAUAUUAAUAAAGAAUAAAAGACUUAGACCAGAAGUAGAAAAACAGGAAUUGGAAUUGUGGAGGAAGGGACAAUUACAGAAUGAUGACGAUGAUGAGAAAGAAGAUGCAGCUAUCAAUCUUUCCAUCUUGCCCACUGAAGAUGCAGAUAGUGAAAAGAAAUUGGAUGACACAAAUAUUCCAGGAAAGGAAGCUGCUGUACAGUUAGAUGAACAAGUAGCCAUGGCUCAUUAUCAGUAUACAGGCGCGACUAUACACGUCCAUCCAUAUUUGUCGUCGCUCGUUAACUAUGCCCAGCCAGUAAAAUUUCAAGGAUUUGAUGUUGCCGAAGAUAAAAACCUCCAAUAUAACAUGUCUUCGUUUGCCGAAAAUACUGCCCUUGGUUAUUUAAAAUCCCAGGCCAUCGAAUUUGUCAAUUAUAAUAAGCGUCAGCUGAGUCGGAUAUAUCCAAAAGGAACGAGAGCAGAUUCAAGUAAUUAUCUACCUCAGAUAUUUUGGAAUGCAGGAUGUCAAAUGGUUGCACUCAAUUUCCAAACGUCAGAUCUUCCAAUGCAAUUAAAUCAGGGAAAAUUUGAGUAUAAUGGUGGCUGCGGAUAUUUAUUGAAACCGGAUUUCAUGAGACGUCCCGACAAGACUUUUGACCCAUUUGCCGAGUCGCCGGUGGAUGGUGUCAUUGCUGCACAGUGUUCAGUGAGAGUCAUUUCUGGACAGUUUCUCUCAGACAAGAAAGUUGGAACCUAUGUGGAAGUAGACAUGUAUGGAUUGCCCACAGACACCAUUAGAAAAGAAUUUAGGACAAGAAUGGUUCCCGGCAAUGGUCUCAAUCCUGUCUAUAAUGAGGAACCAUUUGUUUUUCGUAAGGUUGUAUUACCAGAUUUGGCUGUGAUCCGCAUUGCUGUGUACGAUGAGAAUGGAAAAAUGUUGGGACAGAGAAUACUUCCAAUGGAUGGACUUCAGGCUGGUUACAGGCAUGUGUCCUUAAGAACAGAAGGAAAUUUUCCCAUGUCAUUAGCAAUGUUAUUUAUUUGUAUUGAACUCAAAAUAUAUGUACCUGAUGGAUUAGGAGGUAAAUUAAUUAUUUCUUUUAUAAAUUACAAAAGUAUUAACUGUUGUUUAGUAUUAAAACUUUUUAUGAUAAAGUAAAUAUUAACACGAACA